CGUUCAUCUAUUCUUAAUCCUGAUCUUCGUCCCUCUAUUCUAGGGCUCGCCGAAGCUGUUAGUUUUGAUGGAUUUUUUUACCCGUGAAGAUCUUCCCCGUUGUUCCGUUUAUUGGGAUUUAUGAUUCGUUUCAGGGGUUUAUUUAUUGUUCGGAAGAUUUUGUGCCUGGAUUUUGUGGAUAUUUAUAUCGUAUUUCCAUUAGUUUUUUGGAAGCAUUAUCUGUUUAAGGAUAGAUCGUUUAAUACUUCUUACAGAAAAACAUGUCCAUCCCAUAAAUUAUAUCGCAGAGCCCGAACAUUUUUAGUGCAAACCAUGCUUUCUCACCCGCCCCGCCAUUCAUCCUGAAGUACCAUUCAGAACUAUUUGCAUCUUACAUUCCAUUUAGAGUUUUUAUUUUUCAUCUGCUUGGAAAGAGACGUGACAUGAAAACAUGGUGGAAGUAGACACGAAGGACCUUGCAUUUAAGUGGGGUAAACAGAGAGGAGUUGGAGGGAAAGAUAAAAAGGUCCGGUUUUUUCAGUCUUUUUCCUAUGGCAGCGUAGAGUAUGCUCUUUAUGAUUGCGUUUAUCUGUAUGGAGAAGGAGAAACUGAACCUUAUAUUGGUAAGCUUAUAAAAAUAUGGGAGAAUCCUGACAAGACAAAGAAAGUAAAGGUUUUGUGGUUUUUCCGCCCACGCGAAAUUCAAUAUUAUGUUGGGGUUGAAGACACAGCCAAAGAUGAGUUGUUUUUGGCUUCAGGAGAAGGUGCAGGCCUUGCAAAUGUUAAUCCUUUGGAGGCAAUUGUUGGAAAAUGCAAUGUUGUUUGCACCUCAGAGGACAGUAAAAAUCCGCAACCUACAGAAGAACAACUUCGAACAGCUGACUUUAUAUUUUACCGUGCCUUUGAUGUUGGGCACUGCAGAAUCCUGGAUAAGAUAGAGGAGAAAGUUGCUGGGGUUGAAGUGAAAUUUAUAUUUAAUAGAGCGGAUGUUUAGAGCCCUGUGCUGCUCGAUCUGAAGCCUGAUCCAGACAAGAAAGGAGUAAGUGGUAAUGCCGUGUAGCGAGGAAUGAUGAAACGAAGCUGUGAAUUUAAUAAUUUGGACUACUACUGCAUUCUAAAAGCACUUAUGCAGAAUUACAGCUCUGAUGGCAAGCAUAAUAUAUGUUGUAAAAAUAAGUUUUAGCAGGCAUUCUGGCACCGCGUCCUUUUAAUUUACUGGGUAUUUUCAUGAUAAUACAGCUGCUUGAUAGCGUACUGCCUUUAUAAA